CUACUAAAGAGUAGUUACAUCAGACACAGACAUUUAUAAACCAUCUGCUGCAAGUGACCCAGGAUUCAAUUACAACAUCAACCCUCAAAUUUCAUCGAACAUUCAAAUUACCAGUCUAGUCAAGAAUAAGUUCAUUCUGCCCUACUGGCGCUUUAGAUCGGGUUGCACAAUCCCAAAGGGGUUGAACUGUCUUAGCCUAGCUUUAGAGCAUCAGGUCCUAAGUGGAGUGCGAAGUUACCGUCAGGACAUUUUAAACCGGAGGCAAACUCCAGUGUCGCCCGCACAAACGCAAUCAGCCUAUACCCCCGAAUUCUGGAGUUUAACACAUCUCUUGAGAUCAGAGUGAAACGAAGUUUCAGUCCCUUUGAGAUCUCUGAGCGCACAACGCCUGACUGCUAUCAUUCCAAGGCGCUCAAGAGUGCGAACCUAGCUUAGGGAAAAACUAUUUGGUGCGGAAAUUCGUGUCUUUUCCGCCCACCAUCGGGGGCCGCGCCGGCCGGGUCCCGAGCGAUGCCCUGGCGUGGAGUUUGGGGGCGCAACGGGGCCCGGCGGGGGCGGCGAGCGCGCGUUCCCCCGCCCGCUCGGGCGGCGUCGAGGCGCGAGCAGGCUCAGCCAGCCUUGCAGAGGGAGCUCUCGGCAGUUCAGGGGUCCCUCUCUCUGCUCGCAGCCACAGCAGCGCCGCCUGCGCCACUCGGCGGUGACGGAGACCAGCCGCGGCGUGGAGCGGACUCGGAGAAACUACAGAGAAGCCCAGCUGCUGGAGGAGCACUCAGGGCGGCCGGCUUUGGAUACAUGAGAAAGAAGAGUGAGAGACAAGAAGAAAAGGUAAGGUUGGAAGAGGGCCAGAGGAAAGAGGGAUGGAAGGAAACUCCUGCAGCCACCAACACAAUAAACUGUAUCCUGAACCACCUCAGCCUGGCUCCUUUUUUGCAGCAUGCACCUGUCAAUUUCCUCUGUGCAGAGUUCUGAAGAUGAUGAGCAAGACAUGGCUGUGACCUGGGUGGUCUUAAAUGAUGAGACCCAUCAGCAUGUUAUAGGCCUUGGAAGCCCAUUUCCACUUGCCCCCUCUGGGCACACACCUUCCUUGCCCUGAUAGCUGUGACUCUUGAUAAUAUCACCCAUCUCCCCCCAACCUGGGGCAGCAGGCUCCCAACAGUCCUGAAUCUGAGCCGGAAGAACAAAUGUUUCCCCCGCCUGCAGGAGGCAGGGUAGGAAGUAAGAGUUCUGAGGCAGCUGUCCCCUAAGUACGCCUCCCACCAUCCGACAGACCAAGAUCCAGCCUGACCUCAGGUUGUGAAUUGAGAGGUCAAGUGGUUGUCCUGUGCUUGAUCCAUGCUGCUUCGAGCCCAGAAGACUUGAGGGGCAAAGGGCUGAGGGGCCUUCCCUGGCCUUGAGUUUUCACUUAGCUGUGCCCCCUGUGCUCUGACUCUAGUUCCUAUCCAUCCUGUCCUCACCCUGUCUCAGCUAGGACAGAAGCCUAGGACCCUCCUUGUAGAAGACAGAGGGGUCUUGUUCCUUCUGUUUUGGAGGACGGGGAUAUUCAGUGAUGGUCAGAAUUGAAUGAUGACAUGCUCCCAUCCUGUAUUCCUUGCCAGGCACUGUCCUGUGGUUUGUGCUGUGAAGUGGUGGUCACCGUCUUCACUUUCCUAAAGCCUGCUCAGCCAAGGUUUGACUCCACUGUUCCCCACCACUCUGAACAGUCCUGCCCUACCAGUGGGCCUUUUCUGUGGCUUCAGGCCUGCAGAUGCUGCUGGUGGUUCUGGGACUUGCCUCCAAACUAUGACCAGCUAUAGGCAGUGGUGUGGUCUGUCACCUGAUUGUUUUGUCUACUCCAUUUUACCCCAGCUGACCAACCAAAAAGCUGAACUGCCCUCCAUCCUGCCCGGCCAUGCCAGUGUGUGAGGGCUGUCUGCCCGCCCUCCCCCUGCCCCCACCAGACUAUAGUGAACUGCCAGCAUCCACUCACAGGUGUUUCCUGUUGCCGUUUCUUUUGUUCAGCCUGACCUCCCCAGCAGGUGGUGAUGGCCCAGCCAAAAACCUCUUCAUAGGCAGUUCUGAAACACUGGGGUAAAGCUCCCCCGGGAUCUGGGUCACCCCCCACCACAUCUGGGCAAACUGUUGACACCUAAUUGGCUCUUCUUGAGUGCUCCCCAUCUCCCCGCGACAGCUUUGUGCACACAGUGUCUGUCACACUAGUGUGCCCUCUCACCACAGGUAUUGGGAUAGCAGAGUGCGCUCAAGCUGGGGAGACCUUAUGCACGUCCAGUCUCUCCAGACAAUGGAAAUUCUGACAGGAGGAUGGAGGGUUCAUCUCUCUAGCCAUGGGUGUGGAAAUCUCUCGGGACCUUCUUAGAAAAGGCCUGCCAUCCCGAAAUCCCACCCCACCCUCCAGUCCCUCCCAAAGGUCUCCUAACUUAGGUUAGCCAACUCCUGUGUUGGAGGCAGGGAAGCCGUCUCUGGGGAGUCCUACUUCCUCAACACAGGUCUGCGGGCUGUUGGGGGCCACAGAGUUCACAGGCUUGUUAUUGCAGGGAAGGAGGGGCCUCAGGGAGGGAAGGACCUUGCUGUCUUGGUUCAUGGACAGCCAUCCGGGUCUCCUGUCUCCCAGGCCCCAGCUCCUCCCCUAAGCAAGGGUUCCCACCUCCCCACACAAGUCGCUUCUUGAGCUCCUGGUAGGAAGCUGCCUAGUCAGAGGGGCACAGACAGAAGCCUGCCACCUACGGAUGCCGUUCUGCUGCCCCCUGGUGGCGACAGCUCAGGCACCCCGUGCCAGCUUCUUUGGCUUUCUCUUUGCCUGCCAGCCACAGCCAGUCUGGAAUAAGCACAGUUCGGGCCUUCUCUGGGCCAGCUGCUUAGAUCCACUCAGGGGCUGGAGUUCCCAGCUGGCUGCAGGCUCAGCCGUUCAGCAGCGCUCUCUUCCCUUCUCUGUCUCUUCUCCAAGCACAACCCUGGACUCUGGGCUUCCUUCCACCCGGAUUUCCAGGG